AGGACCCAUGUACAGAAAUGGUUGCAUCAUCUGAGUCCCCAUGUGUGUCUUCAGAAAAUACCUUCCGAAACCUGAGGCACCAGUUACAACAGAAGUUACCAUCACACAGGAGGACCCAUGUACAGAAAUGGUUGCAUCAUCUGAGUCCCCAUGUGUGUCUUCAGAAAAUAACCUUCCGAAACCUGAGGCACCAGUUACAACAGAAGUUACCAUCACACAGGAGGACCCAUGUACAGAAAUGGUUGCAUCAUCCGAGUCCCCAUGUGUGUCGGAAGUGCUGCUGUCAGAAACUGUUUUUUGCAGAGGCAUACUAUGUUCUGGACUUACUCCUGUUCAAUUGAAGGAAACCUGGAUGGUAGCAUCAGAGAAUGACGUGCAAUAUUACAGAGAAUUCAGUCCAUGUGUAACACAUGUUGUUGUGCACACAGAUCCAGUGCGUAUUGCCACAAGAACAGUGAAAUAUUUUUUUGCCAUUGCUAAUCAUUGCUGGAUUCUAGAUUAUAAGUGGAUAGAAGACAGCAAGCAAGCAGGACACCUGUUACCAAAGGAAGAUUAUGAGAUAAUUGGGGAUUCUACAACUGGAACAAAAAUUCAAAGGCCAAAAGCUUCACGCAUGACGGGUUCGUCGCUGCUGACAGGGUAUGAAAUAUACUGUGAUGAAAAAUCAAGUAAAGAUAUUGACACAGUUACUAUGACAAAAUUGCUACUUGAAUGUGGAGGUACCGUAGCACGAAGUCUCUCAGAUUUCUCAAACAAACAUGUGAAACAGCUUAUAGUGACAUGUACUGAAGAUGAUGAUGUGACACCUGAGGAUGUUGAAAAAUACACUGAGAUUCACAUGAAGACUGGAAUUGUGACAGUAGUUCGUGACUGGGUCUUUGAUUCACUUUCAUUAUACAGUGUGCAGCCAUUAGAUGAAUACAAAUUUACUGCAGAGGAAAACAUGUCUGAAGAUGAUGAGAAUGAUGCAAGCGACAAGGACAGCGAGAUGGAUUUUUUUGGUUGCGGUGAUGAUGAUGAGAAAGAUCCAGAUUAUGCAGAUUUGGAGUCGGAAUCUAAAGAAGAAGAAGAAUAUCUGUCAGAUUCAUCAAGGAUAUCAGAAUUAUUCCCAGUUCAAAGUGUUUCCAAGUCAGUUGAAGCAUUGCGCAAAAAAAGAGCCAAUAUAAUUACUGAAAAAGAACAGAAACCAUUGACAGUAGACCCAUAUUCAGCAACUGGCAUAGAUCCUGUUAGAGUACAGGCAAGCAAAAAUAAGGAUGGCAUCAGAAUUUGGGAUAAAAUUCAUUAUUGUAUGUACUGUGGAGAAGGAUUUACAAACAUUACCAAACAUUAUCUAGGACCCCACAAACAGGAAAUGGAGGUGCAACGGAUCUUGUCCUUACCCUUGAAGUCAGAAAAAAGAAAAUUAGCAUUGAUGAAACACAGGAAUAGUGGAGAUUAUAAACAUAAUGUUGAAGUGCUAAAGAAUGGAACUGGAACAUUGGUUACAUAGACAAGAAAAGAUGAAACAACAACCACAGCAAAAGAAUACUUGUCUUGUGAAGAUUGUCUAGCCUUUUUGUGGAGACAUAGGAAAAUUUGCCCAUUUCGAAAAAAUGAUAGGAAUCAAAAAAGAUUAAAGUCAGAGGCAUCUCUUCUGCUGCCAAGUUCAGUUGUGAUCAGUGAGGGUCUUCAAAGAAAGGUGUUGAGUCGUAUGAAUACCAAUGAAAUUACUAUGGUUGUGCGAAAUGACCCAGUCAUUUUACGUAUAGGGGAAAAAUUGUUCCAGAAACAUGGUCACCUACCUCAUCUGUAUCCGCAUGUUAGUCAAAAAAUGAGAGAACUUGGACGGUUUUUAAUUUCGGUAAGGAAA